AUGAAGGAAGUCCCAGUGCCAAGUAAACUUGGGGAAGUCAUAUUCGUGGAUGAGAUACACAGAACGGAUAGAUUCAAGAGACCGCUGAAGAUCUAUUUCGCCACGGAAGCCAUCAGCCGAUUUGCAGUAGCACUACCGAGCAGAAAUCACACGAAUACAGAAGGAUUUGUAGAAUUCAUGUUUCUGGCGAAGCAACUAUUGUCUCCACUACAAUCAACGAGGAGCAAAGUCAUCGUAAGAUGCGACCGCCACUCAGUCCAUAAAUCAGAAGAAACAAAGAAAAGUCUUGAGGAACUGGGAAUGGAAGUAUCGAUUUACGAAUCUACAACUUUCUCGAAGAACAUAAUACCGGAACAAGAUGCGAGGAUCGGCCUUUUCUCGAAGUUACUAAACGCGGUGCAGAAUGACCCAUCGAAAUCGGUUUUAGAAGCUACAAGCUGGGCUUGCGCUCAGUACAAUCACACGUUAUCAUCAGGGAACUUGGCACCGGUCGAAAUAAUGACUGGAAGAAAGGCUGUAACGCAAGAACCGGUGGACAUAAACCUCGACAGCUUGAUCGACGAUAUCAAGUCGAAUAGAAAGACGAAAAGAGAUGCGGCGGACAAGUCAAAUGCAUCAAAGAAGAAGUCGAAAAGGCUGAAUCUAGUGGAAAAAGGAAAAGCGACGUCGGAGGAGGAAACGGAGAUAGACGUUGGCCAGAUCAUCAGAACAGCGCAGAAAUGGGACAAAAACGAUCUCGACAGACUAUACAGAGUUACAAGCAUCGAAUGGUCCAGAAGAGAGGUCAAAGCGGUCAAAGUGAACGCGAGAAACAAGACGAAACCGAAAACGAUAAGUUUCAGCGCGAUUGAUGCAGUGAUAAGUCAGGAAGUGAGGACAAUCCAAGAAAACCUCAUAGACAAUAGCAUCGUGAGAAGCUGGAUUGUCACGAAGAAUGGUUUGUCAGUCUGGGAAGAAGCUCCGCAAGAUCACAUCGGACCAAGGGCCCCGAGAAUGCCGACAUUUGAUGAUUCGGGCAUCUCACAAGGACCACCAGGAACCGGGCGAAUCCACACCAAAAUUCGACUCACACAUCAGCUCAGCGAUCGAAUGGAGAAACCCGAGGAAAAUCAAUCCGACGGAAGAAAGAUUCAACUGGAUACCAUCGCCGGAAGAAGUCCUAGAAACUACGGAUGA